UGCAACCUGCUAAUAUCAAAAAGAAGAAGAUAACUUGUAUUUGUUGUGAUUUCAUUUAGAGCAGCCUCGUAUGGAAACCUACGGGACAGGCAUCACAUCUUAAAAUCUAGCUGUAUUUGUAUCUUAAUGUCUCAGCAGAGUAACAUGGAAGAUACUUUUACUCUCUUUUCUGCCUUUUAACGCGUGACUUAAGAAUUAAGAUCUAACGUGAGCUAAAUUUGGAAGUCCCCCUUUAACCAUCUACCCAGCAGUGUGUGGAGCAGCUGAACAACAUCACCACAGCCUGACAGGAUUUGAAGAUUCUGGGCCACUACUAAGACUGUCCUGAAUUAUUCAGGAUGUCUGGUCUUCCUGCUGAGACAUCUGCUAUCAUUCAAGGCUAGCAACACUCUUUAAAGGUCCCCUGCAGACAUUUACAAAGAGUGCGGGCAGCAUCUUGAGGGUUUUCCACCUGUCCGUGGGUUGUCCGGAGCAGCUCUUUGUUUGAAUUGGAGGGGCGAGAGGGAAACCCAGCAGGCAGAGAGACAGCAGGACAGAAAAGGACAGGCAGGACGCAGGAUGCCUCUGUUCUUCAGAAAGAGGAAACCCAGCGAUGACUCACUGAAGAGACUGGAAUAUCAGCUGUGCCGGUCUAAGGAGGCAGGUGCUGAUGACACCCUGGACAUCUCAGCGUGUGAGCUCUCAGAGGUUCCCUCGAGUGUCUUUUCCAUUUGCAAGGUGCUACAGAAGAAGGUCUUUAUCCUUCAUAACAAUGAGCUGAGGUCAAUGCUGCCAAAAGGAUGUGACAUCACCUCUCUCACCACUUUAAAGGUUUUGGAUCUGCACGAAAAUAAAAUCACCUCACUUCCAGAAGACAUCGGGAAGCUGACGUCACUGCAGAUUCUGAAUGUGGAGAAGAACCGUUUGAAGCACCUGCCGGACUCCAUCGGGGACCUGCGGUUUCUGCAAACACUCAAUCUGAAGGGUAACUGUCUCACCGAGUUACCAUCCUCAAUGAGCUAUUUGAGCAGCCUCCGCACCCUGGACCUGAGUGACAACAACAUUGUCCAGCUUCCCAAAACUCUAGCCAACAUCCGCACCCUGGAGAGCUUUACACUCGAUGCUGCCAUGAUGACCUAUCCACCUUCAUCCGUGUGUCAAGAAGGUACAGAGAGCAUCCAGCGCUUCCUAUGCAACGAGCUGGGAGAAGAGUACUGCCCUCCAUCCCAGUACCUCCUACCAGUGCUGGAGAGCGACUGCGGCAAACAGAACUCUGACUGUGUGGAUGGUUUAGAAGAGGCCUGGCAGAGCAAAUUCACAGACUACGAGAAAAGAAAGGUGCAGAAGCAGCAGGAGAAGCUGGCCUUCGAGCGGCACCUGGAGGAGAAGCAGAAGGAGCACGCGCAGCUUCUCUGUAUGAACAACUCCCGCAAGGAGAGAAUCCUCAACUCAGUCCGUGAGGAGAGGGACCGUGUGGAGCAGGGGGUCUCCCAGCAGCAGAGGGCCCAGGAGGCCGAGAGGCUGCUCGUGCUAGACAAAGUGAGACAAGCUGAAGACGGCAUCAGCAGUCGCAUUAGUGACAUGCUGAUGGAAAACAAGAGGAAGAAAAAGAGUGCAGAGUUUCUCCAAGCCAUGGAGGAGGAUCGGAUCCGUAUGGAGCAUCUGACCGCCAUCACACAGGAAGAAGCCAAUUCACUGAGGAAGAAGGAGGUGGCUGCGGCCAUGCAGAAGAUGCUGUCAGACAGCUGUGCUGUGAGCAUGCUACAGGAGGCCAGUGAAUUCCGCAGACAAAGCCUGGUGUCUGAAGCCUGCAGAAGUUUGGAGCAUCUGGACAAGCAUUUUGAUAAGAUGAUGUCCCUCCAAGUCCUGGAUAAAUCUAAAGCUAUCGCCCACAUAUUAGAGGAGGAGGAGAUGCAGAAAGUAGCGUUCCAGGCCCUGCAGCUACAGAAAGACUCUGUGCACGGUUACAUCCGCAACCAGAUAAGGCUCAUAGAGGGUGAAUUAAUGCAGCUGACUAAACUGGAGAUUAAAAGACGCAAUCUGGACUCUGAGAACCUGCAGGAGGUUCUGGUGGACCAGCGCACAGCUCUCAGUGAUCUGUUGCAGCAGCUGCUGAAGCAGAGAGAGCAGAGAGAGCAGGAACUGCGGCAGGUUCUGGCGGAGAUGGAGCGGAAGUCUGAGUCCAACCAGCAGAACUACUGGAUGAUCCAGUACCAGAGAUUGCUGGAUGCUAAACCCCUGUCACUGCGCAUGCAGGAAGCGGGUGUGGAGAAAGAGUUAGUCAAUCUGUUGUGCAAACUGUCGGCUCAGCACUACCUUCCCAUCCUGGCUCACAGUCGAGUGACAACAGCGGCCCUUUGCCACAUGAGCUCCUCGGACCUCAAGAAGCUCGGCAUUAAUGAAGUAGGCAUCCAGAAAGCUCUUCUGAAAUGGGCUCAUGAUCGCCACCCUGAAGCAGUUUGUACGGGUAAGCAGCAGGACGAGGAAACAGAAACCAUCCCCACUGCUCCGUCCCCUCCCUCCCCACCUCCCUCUACCUCCGCCAUCCAGAUGCCCAGCCCACCACUCACCCCAGGGACCCCAAUCACCCCGUCUGCCCCCAGCCCUCUGGAGGGACCAGGGAGCUCAGAGUGUGUGGUCUGCAUGGAGACUGGGGCUCAGGUCAUCUUCUUACCGUGUGGUCAUGUGUGCUGUUGUCAGGUGUGCAGCGACGCUCUGCAGAACUGCCCUCUGUGUCGCAGCAACAUAUCUCAGCGCAUACGCCUCUACCACGGCUAGAGCCCCACUGCGCCCCGCUGCACCUUCAUCUUCAUUUGUGUAGGAUCAUAAAGCUGCUGUGAGCUGAGCUUGUCAUGUAUAGAAAAGCUUUUAGCAGAUUUUUUUCAAAGAGCUGAGCCACAUUCCUCCUUUAACUACACGAUGCAGAACCACAUUUCAAUAGAACACUUUGAACGGUUUUGUGUUUGUUUGUUUUUGUGUUUUUCGUUAGCACCUAUUCCUGUUGUAUUUUGUUUGUCUUUUUUUAAUUCUAAAAUUUUAUUUGUAUGAUACAUUAUAUUAAGAGCCUAGUGGACGACACUACUCACUGUUCUUUGCCUUAUAUACCUUUUCAAUUGAUGUGUGCCUUUAUCUGGAAAACCUCUUUUUUUUUUAAACAAUACUGUUUGUCUGUGUUGUCAACCAAAGUAACACUGUCCAACGUUUAUUAUUAAGUUAAAUCUAUUGAUUGCUAUUUGCUUUUAGUUAUCAAUCCCAUGUUGUUGCACUUCAGACACGUCUCAUCUAGGCCCCUGUGUGCCAGGUGAAAUCAUUAUCAAGUGUUAAUAUGGAUCAGUUAUAUUGUAUAUCAAUGUAUAUCAAGACAACCUGGGAGAAUACACAUUUAUUAUGUUUGACCUCCAUUUAUUCUAUUCUGGACAUUCACUUCACCAUGGCUGGAGUAAUUAAUCUGCUGGGGAGCCUCAGGGCAAAUAUGAUAUAUUAUGUUACUAUAAAACAGGUUUAUUGUGUGGUCAUUUUAACACAAGGAAAAUGAUAAACACGCACUGUGUGAGCACAGUAACAGCAGAAAGGGGAACUCCAACUAUACUAUACUACUAUAUAUACAGUUGUAUAAUAUUUUCUAUGGCUCUGAUGGAAGUCUUGGGGAAACAUCCCUGAUUAUGUCAUCUGGGUUAUAUUUUCUCAAUUUAUAGGCUAGAAUUUGUUUAACAGAAAGUCUGAAAUAUAGAGGGACAGAGCUAAAUCGAGCUUAGACCUGUCACAAUAAGUACGUUAUCGACUCAUUUUACAAUAACGUGAUGAUCAGCAUCAUCAUGUCUAUAUAUGGACUUAUCAUAUGAUACAUGGACAUGACCUUUAUCAUUGUUUUGACCUCAGUAUUGUCACACUUCACAUUAGCAGCUAAGAGGCUAUUCAUGUCACAUUAGCUAAACAAGUAGUGUCCUCCAUUCCUCACUGUGUACGUCCUGAGUGGAGACUGUAGAAGAAUUAAAGGUAAAUAACUCUGUCCUCAACCAUAAUGACAGUCUGUGUUUUUACACAAGUGUAGCACCCACUCUCCAAUCCCACCCCCCCACCCCCCUUACAUUAUUAUACUAUUAUAUGAUCAUUAUAUCAGUGGUAUAAAAUGAUCUUCAAAUGACAAUAAUAUCGUUUAUCGCGAUUAUUUCUGAGACAAUAUAUCGUCCAAUAAAAGUAGUUAUUGUGACAGGUCUUAUCGAGUAUCAUUAUGGGAUUCUUGGAGUAUGACCCGUAUUAGUGACUAAAAAUUGUUUUUUAUAUCGGCUUCUGCUGCGUCAGUUUUUAUCAUUUUUUAAAAAACGUGUCUCUCGCAGGUUCAGCAACUUUUGAAUGCAUGAUAGAAAAUCGCUUGAGUACUACUUUUACACUUGAUCCUCUUCAUGACAGGGCCUUAGAUAAAAAAAGUAGGACUCACCUUAAGAACCUCAUGCUAGUUGGUGCUGUGCUUCAGUGAUGCAUGUAUUCAUGUUCUUCAUAUACAAAUAAAGCUUCAGUCAAUCAAUUUACUACUUACCAGGAUGAUAAUCCAGCCUCGGACCUCACUUUAGUUUUUGUCCACUUGUCUCUGACAUAUCGUCUCAUCCCACUCUUCUUUGAAUUGCUAAGCAGUAUAUAGAUAUGGUUCAUCUGUAUGAUCUAACAACACAUUGCCUGUUUGUAGCCAUCACUAAUGCUAUUAUACUCCUUCAAGUGCUCUUAACUUUGACAUCUUAGCAUGUUGUGGGACAUAUCUCUACUCACUGUAUAUGAGUCUGUUAAUGUAGAGUGUAAAAGAUUCCUCCUCUGUAUAAGUCUGAUAUGUCAUGUGAAUUGACAAUAUGAUAUAAAAUAUAUAUAUACGUGUCA